ACCCUACUGCUGAUGUCCAUCCCGAGUAUAAAACUGUACGAGGAGGAGCACAUGCUGCAUAUACUAGCGCAGCAGACCAUCAGCAGCAAGCUAAUAAUUAGAGCGUUCCACUACAGAAACGAGCCAGGCAGAGUAGAGGAAAUGGCCGGCAGCAGCAGCGAGGAGAAAGCGGUGGCGGCGGUGCAGAACAAGAAGGUGGUGCUGAGGAGGCACGUCACCGGGUUCCCCACCGAAGACGACAUGGAGAUCACGGUGGACACUACCGAGAUUCGUGUGCCGGCGGGGCAGACCGCCGUGCUGCUCAAGAACCUCUACCUGUCCUGUGACCCAUGGAUGCGCGGCCGCAUGACCAAGCACGAAGACGGCGCCUCCGUGCCGGCCACCGACUUUGCGAUCGGAGAGGCCAUGGUCAACUACGGUGUCGGCAAGGUGAUAGACUCGACGCACCCAGAGUUCACCGGCGGCGACCUCGUCUGGGGGAUGAGUGGAUGGGAAGAGUACACACUCAUCACCCAGCCGGAAUCCCUGCACAAGAUCAACCACGCCGACCUGCCGCUCUCCUACUACACCGGCGUUCUUGGCAUGCCGGGGCUGACGGCGUACGCAGGGUUCACCCAGGUCGGCAGGCCCAAAAAGGGCGACUUCGUGUUCGUCUCGGCGGCGUCAGGCGCCGUCGGGCAGCUCGUCGGUCAGCUGGCGAAGAUCGCCGGCUGCUACGUGGUCGGCAGCGCCGGCUCCGACGAGAAGGUGGGUCUGCUCAAGACCAAGUUCGGCUACGACGACGCGUUCAACUACAAGUCCGAGACCGACCUCGGCGCCGCGCUGAAGCGGCGCCUCCCCGACGGCGUCGACAUCUACUUCGACAACGUCGGCGGCGCGACGCUGGACGCCGCGCUGCUGCACAUGCGCGACGGCGGCAGGGUCGCCGUCUGCGGGAUGAUCUCGCAGUACAACCUGGAGGAGCGAGACGGCCUGCGCAACCUGUACUGCGUCAUCCCCAAGGCCAUCAGGGUGGAGGGGUUCAAUGUUGGCCGCUUCUUCCAUCUGUACGAGAGGUUCGAGGAGGAGAUGGCUGGGUACAUCAAGGACGGGAAGGUCGCCGUCGUUGAGGACGUCGUCGAGGGUAUUGAAAGCGCACCGGCAGCUCUGAUCGGGCUGUUCUCGGGCAAAAAUGUGGGGAAGCAGGUGGUUGCGAUUGCAAGGGCAUGAGUCCCGAAUUAGCGGUUUUGAUUAAGGACAGGCCCGACAAAUAUAAUAACAUCUUUAAGUGUGAUAAAUAUAUAUAAAUUGAAGUGUAAUCUCAACAAUACUUUUAAUUGUUUUAUACAUGUAGUUCGUAUUCAUGAUCAAAAAAUUAUAAUGCUACGAUGAAAAAUAGGUGAAAUGAUAGUUUGAUGUGCUGUAAAUUGAAAAAAAAAUCAAGGAUAUUAAAUUUUUCCUUCA